AUGGAACCAAUGCCAGGCAGUUUUAUAGAAGAACAGGAAGAAGUUCCCGAUAAAAAUAUAAAAUGGUACCAAAAAGUUUUCAAUAAAGAAUUGUUAUAUUAUAUAACAUUAAAAGCACCACUAUUAAUAGUAUACGGGGUAUUCAGUACCUGUAUUGAAAUAUUCCACAAAUGCAUUAAAAUAUCUUCUAUUUAUAGAUAUAAAAAUGUGUCGCAUGAAAACAAUCUAAGAAAAUUUAUUUUGGAUUCUAAAAUUCCAGAUCAAGAUGAGCACGAGUACUUGACACCUUAUUUAUGUGGUUCAUACGUUGAAAGUUUAAACAAGGCCAAUGAACAGGGAAAAUUUGUAUUUAUUUUUUUACAAUCCACUCUAUUAGAUAAUUCGUCACAAGUUACCAAUAAUGUUUUAAAGGAAUUGGCUCCACUUUUGAAAAAGUACCAAGGUGUUUUCUGGAUGGGUGAUAUCUCCUCAAAUACCGAAGCUUUGCAAGUAGCUGAUAUGUUUAAAGUGAAAUAUUGUCCUGCUUUGAUUUUUCUAUGUCUAGAUAACAACGGCAAGUUUAAAUUACAAUUUAAAGUGGAAGGAAGCACGUUAUCAGCCAAUGUGCGUUGGAAGGAAAGACUGGAAUCAAAGAUAAUGGAAUGCUAUUCACAACUUUUGAGUGUAAGGCAACAAAGAAAUGUGGUUAACGAACAAAAUAGACGAUAUGAUGAAUCAUUGAGACGUGAUCAGGAACUUGAAAGACAACAGCAGGAAGCAAUGUUAAAGGGCAAAUGGCUACGUUGGAGAAAUUCGGAAUUGAAAGCUGAGCCCAGGAGUGGCUGCAAGAUUCGUCUUACUUUUCCCGAUGGUGAAAGGAUUAUUAGAAAGUUUGAUCCAAGCUGUCCUGUCGAAGAGAUUUAUGCAUUUGUAGAAUUGCACAGAUUAAAUAUUACAGAAACAAGUCGAGAAAGGGUAGAUUAUCACUACGACUAUCCUUUUAUUUUAGCCACACCCGUUCCCAGAGCAGAGUUGAGAGAUAUCAACCAGCGUAUAUCUGAAAACAGUUCGAUAUGUCCAUCAGGGAAUUUGAUUGUGGAAAUGAACUCAUAA